GCCCCCGCGGGCCAAGAUGGCGGCGUGCUACGUGGCGCUGCUGGCUCUGUCGCUGCUGCUGCCGGUGCUGCUGCUGGGCUUGUGGAAGCGUGGGCGGCAGGCGGCUAGGGCCCGGCACGUAGUCGUCGUGGUGCUGGGAGACGUGGGCCGCAGCCCCCGCAUGCAGUACCACGCGCUGUCACUGGCCCAGAGCGGCUUCUCCGUGACGCUGCUGGGGUUCUACAACUCCAAGCCUCGGGAUGAGCUCUUGCAGAGUGAUAGGAUUCAGGUUGUGAAGUUGACAGAGCUGCAGAGUCUGGGAGCCGGGCCCCGGAUUUUCCAGUAUGGAGUCAAAGUUGUAUUUCAGGCAGUGUACUUGCUGUGGAAGUUGGUGUGCACAGACCCUGCGGCCUACAUCUUCCUCCAGAACCCCCCAGCUCUGCCUGCCAUUGCUGUCUGCUGGUUUGUGUGCUGUGUUUGCGGGAGCAAACUGGUCAUCGACUGGCACAACUACGGCUACUCCAUCAUGGGCUUGGUACAUGGGCCCCGGCACCCCAUUGUGCUGCUGGCCAAGUGGUAUGAGAAGUUCUUCGGGCGCCUGUCCCACCUGAACCUGUGUGUGACCAGUGCGAUGCGGGAGGACCUGGCCGAGAACUGGCGUGUCAGGGCUGUGACUGUCUACGACAAGCCAGCAUCUUUCUUUAAGGAGACGCCCCUGACCCUGCAGCACGAGCUCUUCCUGAGGCUGAGCCGCACGUACUCUCCUUUCCAGAGCUGCUCAGAGCCCUCAGACCCCAACAUAGAGAGGUCGGCCUUCACUGAGAAGGACUGUCAGAGCGGGGUGGUGAGACAUCUGCAUGGGCGGCCAGCACUGCUUGUGAGCAGUACUAGCUGGACAGAGGACGAGGACUUCUCCAUCCUGCUGGGGGCACUAGAAAAGUUUGAGCAGCUAACACUCGGUGAAGACAGCCUUCCUUCCCUAGUCUGUGUGAUAACAGGGAAGGGGCCUCUAAGAGAACACUACCGUCACCUCAUCAGCCAGAAGCACUUUCGUCAUGUCCAGUUCUGCACCCCAUGGCUCGAGGCCGAGGACUACCCGCUGCUUCUAGGGUCAGCGGACCUGGGUGUCUGUCUGCACACGUCUUCCAGUGGUCUGGACCUGCCCAUGAAGGUGGUGGACAUGUUUGGGUGCUGCUUGCCCGUGUGUGCCGUGAACUUCAAGUGUCUGCAUGAGCUCGUACGACAUGGGGAGAAUGGCCUGGUCUUCAAGGAUGCCGAAGAGCUGGCAGCUCACCUGCAGGUAGGGGGCCUCCUCCCUGUGGGGAUUGGGAGUCUGAAGCCUGCCAUUGAGCCAGCCCCCUGA